CGCGUGAGGGAACACCACGUCCCUCCGUGAUUGUGACUUUUCAUUGAAUCGGGUCGGAUCCCUUGGUCAUAUAAAAAGGAAAUUUUUUUCCAAUCCUCUCCACCUUUGUCAUUUUUGCGCCGCACUUUUUCCGUCGAUUUCAUUCGCCGUCCCUGCUCACUCACCGUCACCGUCGUAGUCUGCCCCGAAGGUUAGUUCAUCCUUCCCCGCUCUCAUGGCGUCUUCCGAUUCUACUCCUUCCAUUCCCGUUGCUGACCCGGCGGUAGUUUGUUUUGAGGAGAUGUACCGACAAGAUCCCUCCCUCCGCCCCGACGGUCUGAUGGGAGGGAUUGGCCAUUCUAGGGUUCUGAGUGCGGUGCCUCUCCGUACGUCGAUCACUGUGGCGUCAUCGUCCCGGGUGCCGCCCUCUACAGGGGAAAAAAUCGAAAAAAUCGAAAACCGUCCAGGGUCCGACCUGGAAGUCCUUACCCGUUACCGUGCUAGAAAGGGGUCCAAUCACGAAUACGGGUUGUGUCUUGUUUCCAAGGUCGGGGCGCGUGAGGGAAAUUCGUAUGCUGUUGUCUCCUCUCAGGCCGAGUGUGGUAUGGUUGUCAUCCUCACGUCCCUAAAAAUCUGGAAGGCUAAGUUUGUCUUCAUCUCGGGCUUUUCCGGGGACCAGCACCCUUUCCGGUUCGAGUUGGCCGAGGCCGUGCGUGGGGGUCGUCCUAAGCAUGGACUUGAAAAGACUGCCUUAGGGCCGGAAGAGCCAGAAUCAGAGGAAAAGGAGGAGGAAGGGAGCGAUGAGAUUGAGACCGAAGAAGAGAAACAUACAUCCGUUGGAGGUUGUUCGGAGGUCCAAACUGCUAGCCCAAAGCCGGGGCUGAGAAGAGGAGGUUCACCGCGAGCCGCCCUCAGGAGAUACGUCUGGGCCGUGGCCGAGGCCGCGUCUCUGUCCCCGGCGCUGAAAGACAAGGGCGAGAUCCUGUCGUCCUUGCGAGGGUUGGUGGAUGGGUUCCACAAAGAGGUGUUGGCGAAGUUGGAUCUGAUCAGCGAACGCCGGGCCGGGGCUGAGUUUUCCUUGGGGGUGGAUUUUUUGGCUUCGGUGGAGACGGAAUUGUCCUGGCUAAGGAGGUUGGCGGGUUCCGAGCAUGAACAGGCCACCGAGCUUGAGAUGCAAGCCGUUGCGGAGUCCGAGGAAGUGCGGUCCCUGGAAGCUGAGCGAGAUCGGGCCCUUGCCGAAAAGGAGCAAGCCGUUGCUGAGAGAGCUCAGGCCGUCGUCGAGAAAGAACGUGCUGCCUCCGACUUCCUUCAGUCCCCGACCUUCAAAGAUGCCUGUAUGGAAAUGUUCGCUGACUACUAUGACAGCUGGGUUGAGACCGAGGUCGGCACAGUGAAGAUGGGAAAGGAGGGGUCGAAGUGGCUCGAGACUGGUGUCUAUCAUGGGAUCCAGCUCGUUCUUCGUCGGGCCAGAAGGGUGGACCAAUCCUUCCCUCCGCCCCGGGUUGACAUCCCAUACAUGCAUGACCCUAUCCUGAAUGAUGAGCUCGGGGAAAAUCCGGAUUACUUUGGGACGCCCGAGCGCAAGGACAUGGGUGCGGACGUCGCCGGCGAAGACCAACCUUCAGACGCCCUUCCUUGAUGCUUUCCUUUGUAAUUUUUGAAGUUUUGUCUUCCAUUGUAAUGAACAAGAUUUGUCUACUAUUUUGUUGCAUGCGUGAAUAGUGAAUAGAUUUUCUUCUGACAUUACUUAUCUGAAUAUAUUUGAAUUAUGCCU